CUUUGCUCUAAAUGCACAUUCUGGUUUAAGGGCUAAUUCGGAAAUCCUUCGUGGAAAAUGGCAGCGCCCAGUCGAAGUGCAAGAUUUUGUUUAAAUUUUAAACUCGACUCGGUAUUAUGGAACAAAGUAGGCAAGACAAAGAAAUUCUCCACAACACCUGUCAGCCAUGUUAAAGAGCAUUCCAAAAUGUUUCCUGCCCAGAUGGGAAAGAUGUUACCAGAUGGAACCUUUGAUGGGAAGAUAGCCUUUAUAACUGGUGGAGGAACAGGACUGGGGAAAGGAAUGGCUACCAUGUUGUCAAAACUAGGUGCUCAAGUCGUUAUAUCUAGCAGGAAAUUGGAUGUAUUAGAGAAAACAGCAUCUGAAAUUUCCUCAGAAACAGGAAACAAGGUUUUACCCAUCGCUGCUGAUGUAAGAGAUCCUUUAUCUAUUAAAUCUGCCGUAGAUGAAUGUGUAUCAGAGCUAGGAUUACCACAUGUUAUUAUCAACAAUGCAGCGGGGAACUUUAUCUCACCAUCUGAGAAGUUAUCGGCCAAUGCCUGGAAAACAGUAGUUGAUAUAGUCCUGAACGGAUCAGCUUUGGUCUCAUUAGAGAUCGGUAAAAGGCUUAUAGAGGCUGGUCAAGGUGCUGCAUUCCUGGCUAUAACAACGAUUUAUGCCACCAGUGGCUCUGGUUUUGUAACACCAAGUGCAGCUGCCAAGGCUGGUGUAGAGUGCUUGACAAAGUCCCUAGCGGCAGAAUGGGGAAGAUAUGGGCUAAGAUUUAACUGUAUAGCACCAGGACCAAUAGAAACAAAGGGAGCUUUUGGAAGGUUAGAUCCUACAGGACAAUUCAAGGAAAAGUUAUAUGAUGUUCUACCUGUAGGCAGAUUAGGAGAGGUCCCUGAAAUAGCCAAUCUAGCAACAUAUAUGGUCAGUGACUAUGCUAGCUGGAUGACAGGGGAGGUGGUUAAAUUUGAUGGUGGAGAAUAUGUAAGUAGAGCUGGUGAGUUCAAUGACCUAAAGGUCGUCAGUAAAGAACAAUGGGACAUGUUAGAAGCCAUGAUCAGAAAGGCAAAGUCAGAAUGAUUAGUGAAAGAGGGUGACACUCUAUACUACAUGUGCUGAUUCUGUUUGAUAUAAGAACAUGACUCUCUAUUUUAUUGAUUUUGUUCAUGCAAAACAGUUGUGGAAGAUGACUAGAAAACCAACCAUGAAAUAUUUCAAUUAUAAAAUAAGUGAAGCAUAAGGACACAGAAAAUAUCGUAAUAUUGAAUGAAGAUUUUAUUUGUUUUGAUUUGGAAACUCCUGUUUUAAAAAAUCAGAAUAUAUCCAAUUCCAAAUAAUCUUUCAUCUAUGACAUGUUUACCAAAGUGAAAAAAGAACCUCCUAUAGAGAGAGGCCUGUGAUAUAUAUGUAUGUAGUUUUGUAUAUUUGAAUUGAUAAUUUAUAUUAAAAAUAUUACAAUGUUG